AUGGAGCGACUUCGGAUUAUUCUACGAUUGUGCGAGAGUAAAAGAGACAGCUGGCAACUUUUCGCGUGUGCGAUUCCCGCCGUUAUAUUUUUGCCGCUUUCCUCAACGAACAAACGGAAAGGCAGUGAAAAGAGGCUGGGCGACGCUAGCGACCCCUGCUGGUACAUCGACUCAGCUUAUGCAUCAUCGCUAAAAGUUUCGCUACGUCUACCAACAAGACAGUUUUUAGAAGCUGAAGUAAAGAUGCCGAGUGGUAACAUCGACAAGCCGGUCAUCGAAGACAACAGAGAUGGUACGGUCAGCAUCAAGUAUGAACCACGGGAAGAAGGAGUCCACGAGCUUUAUGUCAAAUAUAAUGGAGAACAUGUUCAAGGUUCUCCCUACAAGUUCCACGUAGACUCCAUCCCUUCUGGAUAUGUAACAGCCUAUGGCCCUGGACUGAUCAGUGGAGUAAGUGGUGAACCCAGCCUAUUCACCAUCAGCACUAAGGGUGCAGGAUCUGGAGGACUUUCGUUGGCUGUUGAAGGUCCUAGCAAAGCUGAGAUAACAUGCCACGAUAACAAAGAUGGCACUGUCGCUGUAUCUUUCUUGCCAACGGCUCCAGGCGAAUAUAAAGUGUCUGUCAGAUUUGGAGACAAACACAUCAAAGGAUCACCGUUUAUGGCUAAGGUGACAGGAGAAGGUAGAAAGAGAAAUCAGAUCUCCGUUGGCAGCUGCAGUGAGGUCACUCUACCUGGAAAGAUCAGCGAUAAUGACAUUCGUAGUCUUAACGCCUCAAUUCAGGCGCCAUCAGGUCUUGAAGAACCAUGCUUCCUCAAACGCUUGCCAUCUGGCAACAUCGGUAUAAGUUUCACUCCUCGCGAGGCUGGACAGCAUAUCGUCUCCGUAAAGAAGAUGGGAGUGCACAUCCAGAACUCCCCCUUUACAAUCACCGUCCAGGAGCAAGAAGUCGGUGACGCGAAGAAAGUUAAGGUAUCUGGUACUGCACUGAAAGAAGGAAAGACUCAUGGGGAAAAUACAUUUUCGGUAGACACAAGAAACGCUGGCUACGGUGGUCUUUCGUUGUCUAUCGAAGGUCCUAGCAAGGCUGAAAUUCAGUGCGCAGACAGCAAAGACGGCGUGCUGUCUAUCAGCUAUAAGCCGACUGAACCCGGAUACUAUAUUAUCAAUCUGAAGUUUGCUGAUCACCAUGUGGAAGGAUCUCCGUUUACGGUCAAAGUGUCUGGUGAAGGCAGCAACAGACAGCGGGAAAAAAUACAAAGACAGCGCGACCCAGCACCACUGACGGAGGUCGGAACAAACUGCAAGCUCACAUUUAAAAUGCCUGGUAUCACGUCCUUCGACUUGGCUGCGACUGUGACAAGUCCAGGUGGUGUCUCCGAAGACGCGGAAAUCCAAGAAGUUGAGGACGGUCUAUACUCCGUUCACUUUGUGCCCAAGGAGCUGGGUGUCCACACAGUGUCUGUUAAAUACAGGGAAAUUCAUAUACCAGGAUCCCCAUUCCAGUUCACAGUGGGUCCUUUAAGGGACUCAGGUGCCCACUUGGUGAAGGCUGGCGGUGCUGGCUUGGAGAGGGGAGAAGCUGGACGAUUUAACGAGUUCAAUGUUUGGACUAGAGAGGCCGGCGCUGGACAACUGGCUAUAUCACUUGAAGGACCCAGUAAGGCGGAGAUCGACUUCAAAGACAGAAAGGACGGAUCUUGCGACGUUUCAUACAAAGUUGAUGAACCUGGUGAAUACCGUAUCGGUCUUAAGUUCAACGAGCAGCACAUCCCAGAUUCCCCAUUCAAGGUGUACAUCAGUCCAGCAGUUGGUGACGCUCACCUUCUAGAAGUGGCGCAGUUCCCUGAUUCAGCACAAGUGGAUAAGCCAACUCAGUUCUACAUCAGGUUGAAUGGUGCUAAGGGUCAACUUAGCGGUACUGUCGUUUCACCAUCAGGCAAGACAGAUGACUGCUUCAUUCAGAACAUUGAUGGUGACCAGUACUCCAUCAGGUUUAUGCCUCGGGAGAACGGAGUACACAACAUUAAUGUCAAAUUCAACCAAGUCCACAUACCUGCUUCUCCUUUAAGAAUAAAGGUUGGAAAAGAUGAUGCGGAUCCAGCUGCAGUCCACGCUCACGGGCCUGGUUUGGGGGCUGUAAAGACAGGUGCCAAGACUGACUUGAUAAUCGACACAUGCAACGCUGGAGCUGGUAUCCUUGCAGUGACUAUGGACGGACCGUCCAGGGUCGCAAUGGACUGUACAGACGUGGAGGAAGGAUACAAGGUCAGGUACACUCCCUUGGCUCCUGGUUUCUACUACAUGAGCGUCAAGUAUAAUGGACACCACAUCGUUGGUUCACCGUUCAAGAUCGAAGCAACAGGAGAGAAUUUAGCGGAGAUCGGUGCGCAGGAGACAUCAUCAGUGACAGUCGAAACCGUGAACAAGGUGGCCAAAGGUGCACAGAAACAGGGUCCGGUGCUGCCACACUUCAAAUCUGAUGCCACCAAGGUCACCAGCAAGGGUAUGGGACUCAAGAAGGCCUAUCUGAACAAACACAACCAGUUCACAGUACACGCUGGUGAUGCAGGCAACAACAUCCUCUACGUGGGCAUCUACGGCCCCAAGGGUCCGUGCGACGAAGUGCAGCUGAAACACAAAGGCAAGAACAACUAUGAGUGCUGGUAUGUGGUUAGGGACAGGGGGGAAUACAUCGUGAUCGUGAAAUGGGGAGAUGACCACAUCCCCGGAUCGCCAUACAAGGUGGAGGUUUAA